AUGGAGAGCAAGGAGCGCUCGCCUUUUUCUGUCCAAGGCUUUGAGCAAGCUUGGGAGCAGGGUCUGUUCGGUGUCCCAGAACUGAGCUGUCCAGAAGGAUUUCAAGAAGCACAGGACAAAGCAUUGCAGGAAUCGGAGCAGCUGGUGCAGAAGGCAUGUUCAACACCGCCUGGGCCUGAGAUUGUAAUGAUAUUUGAUCAGCUUUCAGAUGCUUUAUGCAGGGUAGCUGACUUGGCUGAUUUUGUGAAAAUCGCCCAUCCUGACUGUGCAUUCAGAGAGGCUGCUGAAGAAGCUUGCAGGAACAUUGGUACCAUGGUAGAGAAAUUAAAUACAGAUGUUGAACUGUGCAAGAGUUUGAGACAGCUCCUGGCUGACAAAGUUGUUAUGGAUUCCCUAGACCCAGAAACCAGGCGAGUGGCGGAACUUUUUAUGUUUGAUUUUGAGAUCAGUGGCAUUCAUUUGGAUGAAGAAAAGCGUAAAAAGGCAGUCAACCUCAACAUCCGAAUAUUGGAUUUAUGCAAUGAAUUUCUGGCAGGAGCUCACCUUCCCAACAAGAUUGACCAACAUGUUUUGCCAGAGCACAUUCGGUAUAAUUUUACAACUGAUGGCAAUUACUUACAGGUUGCUGGUCUACAUGCUGAUUGUCCUGAUGAUCUGGUGCGAGAAGCUGCUUACAAGAUUUUUCUUUACCCAAAUGCUGAGCAGUUGAGUCGUUUAGAAGAACUACUUGCUAGUCGAAACAGUCUGGCACAGCUGGUUGGAUACAGCACCUUUGCCCACAGGGCUCUUCAAGGAACAAUGGCCAAAAAUCCAGAGACAGUAACACAGUUUCUGGAGAAGCUUUCUGACCAAUUGUCUCAAAGAACACAAAAAGAUUUCGAAAUGAUGACGAAGAUGAAAAUGAAGCUUAAACCCCAAAAUUCUAAACUGAUGCCGUGGGAUCACCCUUAUUACAGUGGUGUCCUGCGAGCUGAGAGGUAUAACAUUGAUCCUGGUUUGUAUUGUCCCUUCUUCUCCCUUGGGGCGUGCAUGGAAGGUUUGAACGCCUUGUUCAGUCGGCUCCUCGGAAUCUCCCUUUAUGCCGAGCAAACCCGGGCAGGAGAGGUUUGGUCUGAAGAUGUUCGCAAGCUGGCUGUUGUUCAUGAAAAUGAAGGUCUAUUAGGGUACAUCUAUUGUGACUUCUUUCAACGACCUGAUAAGCCACAUCAGGAUUGUCACUUCACAGUUCGAGGAGGCAGGCUGAGGGAAGAUGGAGAAUACCAGCUGCCUGUAGUUGUUCUCAUGCUUAGUCUGCCCCAUUCAACGAGGAAUGCACCAACACUGCUCAGUCCUGGCAUGAUGGAGAAUCUCUUCCAUGAAAUGGGACACGCUAUGCAUUCUAUGCUGGGCCGAACCCGGUACCAACAUGUCACUGGAACCAGAUGUCCAACUGAUUUUGCUGAAGUUCCCUCAAUUCUAAUGGAGUACUUUGCAAAUGACUAUCGAGUAGUUAACCAGUUUGCAAGGCAUUAUAAAACUGGUCAGCCACUACCAAAAAACAUGGUGUCAAGACUGUGUGAGUCCAAAAAAGUGUGUGCUGCAGCUGAUAUGCAACUCCAGGUCUUUUAUGCUGUCUUGGAUCAAAUCUACCAUGGGAAGCAUCCUCUGAAAAGAUCAACCACGGAAAUUUUAAAGGAAACCCAGGAAAAGUUUUAUGGAUUGCCAUAUGUACCUAAUACAGCCUGGCAGCUGAGAUUCAGCCAUCUGGUGGGCUACGGUGCAAAAUACUACUCCUACCUCAUGUCUAGGGCUGUUGCCUCUAUGGUGUGGAAACAGUGUUUUGCUCAAGACCCAUUUGAUAGGGCAAUGGGGGAGCGUUAUCGCAGAGAGAUGCUGGCACACGGCGGUGGAAAAGAGCCUAUUCUUAUGGUUCAAGGUAUGCUUCAGAAAUCUCCUUCAGUUGAAGACUUUGUGGAUGCCCUUGUUUCUGACUUAGACCAGGACUUUGAAACAUUUAUCAUGGACUCAUGAAAAAAAUGGAAUGGAAGUGAAUGUUUUUAUUGAGGGUUGCAUACAUCUUAAUAAUUGCAGAUACAGUGUUGUUAUGGGUUUUUUUCUUGGUGAACACUUGCAAGUGUUUGAACAUUCAUGAUGGUAGAAUAAUAAUAAAUAAUUUUAGUAGAACACCUGGUUGCAUUCCGAAGAAUGAUGACUUUCAGUUUCACAUGGAUUUAAGCAUAGAAUACUAG